CUCACACAGUUACAUACAUUUACACAAAUAUACACAAUUUAUCGUGUACACACGCACUUGUACACACAUACACAUUAGCUUAGCUAUUUUGUACACUCAACACUGACGUUUUAUCCGAGAAUUGGUUCUCCCCGACUCCCACCAGUCCCUCCACCCAUCACCGUCGCAUUCUCUUGUGUUCUAUUCGUAUUUCGUAUGUUGACGACUUAACWUUUUUUUUUAUAGUUUGUUMGUGAAUUUUUUUUCGUUUUUUGUCGCCGUUUACUUUUUGCUGUCCAGACACUUCGGUACAUAACGUAAAUUCGUUUUGGCCGCCGUAAGCACAUCGCAACAACUACACUACAGCCACCGAUCGACUGACGCCGCCGCCGAUUCUGCUAUUGCUGCUGCUGCUGCUGGUGCUGCUGCGUUCUGUCGUGUAUCGUCCGUGUGUGGUGAGUGUAUGACGUGGUGGCCCUUGAACGCACACGAAAAUACUGUAAUUAACAACGAAAACAACACUCGAUCCACAUCACAGUGUUGACGAGAAAUGCGAGAUUUUGACCACAAACGGGGCAGACAAUUGGUUGACUGUACCACUGAAGAAGACACCGUUGCCGAGGAGACAGCCGCAAAAGAAAAAAUGCCGUCCGACACCGAAAGUAACACAAGUUUUAACAACAGUAGUGUACGAACUUUUAAAAUUUUCAUUGGAAAUCUUUCUGAAAAAACCACAUCUAAUGAUAUCAGACCACUAUUUGAGAAGUAUGGCAAAGUUGUUGAAUGUGAUGUAAUGAAAAAUUUUGGUUUCGUUCAUAUGGAUGAUGAUAACAAUGGCCGUGCAGCUAUCAAAGCUUUGAAUGGUACAAUGGUUAAUGAUUUAGCCAUGAAGGUUGAAGCUGCCACUAGUCGCCGUGGUCCCAAUACCCCAACUACAAAAAUUUUUGUUGGAAAUUUGUCAGAAACUACAAAGGCCAAUGAAGUACGAGAAUUAUUUGGGAGAUACGGAACUGUUGUUGAAUGUGACAUUGUUAGAACUUAUGGUUUUGUGCAUAUUGAUUCGACUGAUGUAAGCAGACUCAUAAAAGACUUAAACGGRCAUAUGUUAGAUGGUCAACCAAUCAAGGUGCAAAUUUCAAACAGCCGUGUUCGCCAGAGACCUGGAAUGGGCAUGCCAGAGCAAUGUUAUAGGUGCGGCAAGGGUGGCCAUUGGUCUCGGGAGUGCAGUCGUGAAGGGUACGGAUAUGGAAGAGAUGCUUUACCACCGCUUCCACCACCACGUGCGUUGCUUUAUCCACCACCACCACCACCUUCAUUUGUUCGUGAUCGCAUUCUUGGUUCUUAUGGUACCGGCUUAAAAACUGAUAUGACUAGAAUGGAUGAUUACUCAAUGUUAUCACACUCUGAUCUUGGUGGUCAUAUGUAUGAAACUGAAGGCUUGUAUGACCGUUACUAUGAUCGUAGCCUUAUGCGAACAGCUGCUGAUGGUUAUGGCAUGGAUAGAAGAAUGCCAAGAAUGCCAUCUAGUCGCGAUUACUUACCAUCAUCCACACGUAUUGGAACAACAAUGCGUGACCAAGAUUAUGUAUUCACACGCCGUUCACCAUUGUCAAGCAGUCGUACAUCUUCAUCUCAUGCAUAUGAUGAUUUCUCUAGGGAUUCGUAUGAUGAUCGCCGAGUUUCGGGAUCUCGCGGUUCGUCGCGUUACACGCCGUAUUAAAAAAAACGUGUAUAUAUUAUCGUGCCGCCGCCGUAUAUUCGCGUCGCCGGAUCGGAUAACCGUACACUCACACAUCGCCGACCGUCAACAAUUUUUUAUUUAAAUCGGCUCAAGUUUUUAAGGAGCUAAAAUUAUAUUUAUGAAAUCUUGAUAAGAUUAUUUGUCUACAUAGGUUUUUUUUUUUUAGGUUUAAUUAAAAAGUAUAAUUUCUUAGUGUCACAAAUUACAAUUUUAUUUUAUUUAUAGGUAUUAGACAUAAAAGGUUAAAUUAUCUGGGCUCUUAGAUUAUUUAUAUUGAUUCAUAUUUUCUACUUUAGAUGUAUAUAAAAUAAUUUUCUAGAAUUAUUUUAAGAUUCAUUGACUUAUGUUUUUUUUUCUAUAUCACUAUAAUCACAUCAAUCAUAUAUUAACAAUUAUUUCUGGAAUUUCUGUUUGUCGAGUUAUUAAACAAAUUUUCUUUAGAAAAUUAGAAUGUAAGCCUUUAUUCUUAAAGGUCAUUACAGUUAGGUUAAUGUAUUAAUUAAAUUACUAAAAUAUAUUAAUAUUGUAAGCCCAAAUAAUCUUAUGACAACAUUACAUUGUAAUUCUCAUUGUAAAAAAUUAUAUUAAAAUAAAAUUAAAAUAAGUAUAAUAAAUACCAUCUAAUUUUGUAGUCCCUGUAUUCUCUUAUAUAUUAGUUAAGUGUUUUUUAGUUUGACYGUUACAGCCGACCGAUAACGUAGUUUGCCGAAAGCGUGAUAUUUCCGUACACUGUUCGAUGCGUACAAUGUUCCGAAGACUAUUUGAACGAAGCCGGUGCGUUUGCGAUUCGUGUAAAAUACUCAUUCUUAGGCCACUCAUUUACCAAUUUACCAAGAAAACUUGGUUGUUGUGGUUAAAUCCGUGCGAAUAUUAUUAACAUGUGGCUGAAUGUGGAUAACACUGACCAGUGACCAUACUACAAAAUCGUGCAUUUUUAAUACGAAUAAUUGUUGUGAAUAUCAUCUUCUGACGUAUAUGAUAUUAGCUGUAUUUAAUGAUUAUCAUUGGGCUACUCUAUUUUAUGUAUAGAGAACCAAUGUUCAAGUGUUUUAAACCAUGUUUAAAAAUGAUUCUUAGACAUGUUUUUAUACUUGAGAAUAUUGAGUUGAUUGAUUUUUCGCUCUGGAAAGUGGAUUUGGUUUUAGUCAUUUAUAGAUAAGUCAUUAAUGUCAAUUGACAUUCAUAGUUAUAUCUAUAAUAAUCUUAAAAUGGGGAGCCAAAUAAAUUAUCUCAUGAUAUUUUGAUAUUUGAAAUAAACAUUAAUAGUAUACUCA